AUGGCCGACAAGCUUCGUACCCUCCAGAACCUCGAGGCUCUCCAAGCCCGAUACGUCGGAACCGGCCACGCAGACACGACCAAGUACGAGUGGCUCUCCAAUAUCAAGCGCGACAGCUGCGCCUCAUACGUUGGCCAUAAUCCGCUGCUCUCCUAUAUGGCCGUGGGCAUGGGCGAGCCCAAGGAGAAAGUUCGCAUUAAGAUGAUGGAGAAAAUGGUCAGAGGAGCUGGGAAUCCGCCAGAGGUAGGAUUAUCUUUCUUGCAGAUCGAUGUUUGA